GUUUAUUACGUGUGAGGACUAGUCCUGUUACAAGCCUGGAGCAUCUGGAAUCGGACUUUCUCCCUACCUUUUCAUGCAGAAAAAGGCGACAUUGUUCUUCGCGUUUUAGAUAUACGUUUAGAUUAUAAAUACGCAUGUUUUACAACUUAAAACUUAUUUUCGGAAGGUAUCUGGAGACUUCCAGUUUCAAAGGAGUAAAACUCAGAAUAGGUUGGUACUUUGUAAAAAGUGAUACGCUGGUCCGAUGGCUUGUAUGACUAAUUAAUAAGCUACCAGGAUUCGGUCGCACAAACCCUUGUUUUUGUUGUAAACUAUGGCGUUUAGGGCCAGAGCCUUGUACGACUUUAGUUCUGAAAAUACAGGUGAGAUAUCGAUUACGGAGAACGAAGUUGUUACUUUAUACAGCGAACAAGACAUCGAGGGAUGGCUAGAGGGAACGAACAGCAGAGGAGAGACUGGUCUUUUUCCAGCAUCAUACGUGGAGAUUCUCGCAAAUGAAUCAUCUGACAUCUCGUCCAACAACAAUGGGAUGUCGGCGGAUCAUGGUCAAAUCGACUCCCCAUCAAGUGGGUAUGACUCAUCAUAUCAUUCCCAGUCUCACUCUCGCGCAGAGAACAUUAAUGUUCCGAGCCCCAAACACUCAGCAUAUCCUGUGCAAACUCCACAGCGCCACAGUUACCAGACCAGUCAAGGGAGUGACGAUGACUGGGAUGAUGACUGGGAUGACAGCUCCACUGUGGCAGAUGAACCAGGAACCAUACGUGACAAUGAUGUAACUAGUUCCACAGCAUACACAGUGACUACCUCUUUGCCUGGUAGACGUGGAAGUGCCCAAGCCAAAAGUUCUGCAACAGUUAGUAAAAACCUCAACCGGUUCUCAACUUUUGUCAAAUCAGGCGGAGAGGCUUUCGUGUUGGGCGAUGCAGCUGCUUUUGUCAAAGAUGGGGACAAGAUCUGCGUCGUCAUGGGCAAGUAUGGGCCAGAGUGGCAAGAAGACCCAUACCCCUUUGUCUGCUCCAUCGAUGACCCAACUAAACAGACAAAGUUCAAAGGCAUGAAAAGCUACAUGUCAUACAGACUGACUCCCACCCACACCCAAAGCCAGGUGAAUAGAAGGUACAAGCACUUUGACUGGCUCUACGCUCGACUCGUCGAACGAUUCCCUGUCAUCUCAGUACCCCAUCUGCCGGAGAAGCAGGCCACAGGCCGCUUCGAGCAGGACUUCGUCUCCAAGCGUAGGAAAGGUUUGAUCUGGUGGAUGAACCACAUGACAAGCCACCCUGUUCUGGCCAGGUGCGAUGUUUUCCAGCACUUUCUCACCUGCCCCAGUACAGACGAGAAGACGUGGAAGAUGGGCAAGAGAAAGGCAGAGAAGGACGAGCUGACCGGAGCUAAUUUCUUUCUUACCAUAUCUACCCCGGCCGUUCCUCUUGACCUCCAGGAGGUUGAGAGCAAAAUAGAUGGUUUCAAAGCCUUCACCAAAAAGAUGGAUGAGAACUGUCUGGUAGUCAAUGCUACCAUCAAUGAGUUUGCCAGGAAGCAGAUCACUGGCUUUAAGAAAGAGUAUCAGAAAGUAGGACAGUCCUUUAAACUGCUGGGCCAAGCUUUUGAGAUGGACCAACAGCCCUAUUCCAUGGGGCUGAACCAUGCCAUUGCGUUCACAGGCGAGGCCUACGAGGCUAUAGGAGACUACUUUGCAGAGCAGCCCAGACAGGAUUUGGACCCCAUAUCAGACCUCCUGGACCUGUACAAGGGACACCUAUCAAACUACCCCGAUAUCAUCCAUGUUCAGAAAGGUGCCCUGACCAAAGUGAAGGAGUGCCAGAAACAGGAAGGUGAGGGUUCAACCAUCAACGAACGUUGCAACAUAAUUUCCUGCGCCACGCUGGCUGAGAUCCAGCACUUUCACCAUACUCGUGUACGUGACUUCAAGGGUCAGAUGCAACACCACCUCAAGCAGCAGAUCAGCUUCUUCCAGAAGAUAACUAGGAAGCUAGAGGAGGCACUGCAGAAGUACGAUGAGGAUGUCAUCUAAACGCCCAGCGUGAGGAAGGGGAGGGAGGAGACUUGGAGAGAGAGAAAGAAAGGGUAAUUUAAGAAAAUAGAGUUAGGCAGAUGAAGAGGAAUGUAAGGGCGGGACUGGUUUUGGGACCAUCCAGUGCUGCGAUAUUUUCCUAUUUCAUCAUGUAAACAAGACUGGAUCACCAGUUUGGCAACGUGGUCUAGGGACAUAUUCCCCUCCACUUGUAAGAGAAGUAGUCCACAUUUGAACUGACCAUAUUUCAGGGCGUCGGACUAAAGUAACCAGUCCAUAUUUACUGUCAUUGUUUACGUGUUGUUUUGAUUGCAUAACAUGUUCGGUCCUCCUUGACUAGAUUGUUCAUCCAUUCUACACCUGGACAUGAGUGGCUCUUUGCAAAUGACACUGAUGGACGGGAACUAAGAGGAUAGGCCUACAUCUUCAUUGAAAUAGUGUGUUGAUGUCCGCAAAUGAGCGUUGCGUGACAUUUUACAUCAUUACGGAAGGUCGUGAAUAAAAUUUUAUAGAAUUGCAAUCAUAUCUCAUUAAAAAAACAUGUUUAACCAGUUACAUUGAUUCUAACUCAUUUGCCAUUUCCUCCAAAACAAAUAUAACAUUAUUUCACAUUAUGUCACAUGGUAAAUAUAAAUUGCAUAUCUUCCUCAUGUUUGUGCGCGUGCAUGUGUUUAUUCCACCACUGGUGGUUGUUUUGUCAUAGAACGGCCACCCAAAGAGGGUUUGGGAAUUCAGUAUCCUGUUUCAGAUCAUGGCCCUCUUUAUUCGCGACCUUCCAGACAGCUCAGUGCCUGGAACAAGCUUUAUGAUUCUAGAACACUGGAGGAGCACAAGAAAGACAGAAUUUCCAUCCUUUGUAAUUAUUCCAAUUAGGGAGAGGGAGCACAGAGAACUCCGCCAGAGCAAUACUGCAAAUUAUGCCUCUGUGGAAUUCACUGAUGUCAAAGGACAAGGACAUUGUUGAAAUGAAAUCGACCAACUUAGCGACUGCAGUAGGUCCGACCUGUGUGUUGGAAUGCCUUUGCAGAGUUUUGGCGAAGUAAGCAUCAGACCAAUGCCUACUUGUCAGUUCUAAUAUUGUCUGGGGAUUUUCAAAUAU